GACACGCGGAGUCUACCUCUGAUUCCGCAACCGUCUUCCACGUACGUCGCGAUUGUGGCUGCUGGUCUCAAAGUGCUAGUCUGUCCCCACGUUAUCGCGAAAAUUUUGUGCUAGCGUUGCGUUGUCCUUGACGAUUUAGUUUUAGUAUAGUUUGAUACGUUAUUUAUUCUAGUUUAAGUAGUUUAAGUUAGGUUAGUGUAUUCCGCCAUUUUGUUUUCGUGUUUCCGUGUAGUUUUGUGUUUCGUGUUUCGUGUUGACGAUGAUCAGCAAGGAGGUUCAGAGUGAGGGGAUGAAGAAGGGCCGCAGACGGCGAAGGAGCGCCAGGAGUAGGGCCGCGAAGCGUAGGGCCCGCAAGAUGGCGGAUAGGGCGGGGGACAUUUCCCCGGUGAAGUGCGCGGUCCAUGUGUUCCUCAUGAAGUACCAGAGCGCGCUCCGGAAGGUGCCCACCCAGCUGCCUCCGAAGGUCCACGCUGGUCCCCCGACGAAGAGGGUUAAGAGGGUGUCGUGGCGCGAGGAGAGCGGUGGCGGCGGCGGCGGGGACCCGGCGGUGCUGGCGGUCGGGCCGGCGCGCCGCCCGCUCAAGUACACGCGCGACGAGCUGAUGCGUCUCCGCGACUCGCCGCUCGUCCGCCGCGACCUCGAGAACGCCUUCGCCGGCUGCGACUCGCUCGCGUUAGUGUUGAAGAAGCGUGCUGAUUCACCGAACGAAGAGGAGAAGGGGGGUAAACAAGAUGCGCCGCAGGAAAAUCAUAAGGGCCCGUACGGUCGUCGGUCGGCGGACCCGCGCGAGCGCGUGCGCAAGGAGAGCGAGCCGAGCGGCGGCAUCGUGCUAUCGCCGCAGCGCCGCUCGUUCACGUCGGGGUGCGGCGCGCCCGCCACCGCGCCGCAGCCACCGCCGCCGCUCGCCCGCACGAGACCCGACUCGCCGCUGUCCGCGCAGCCGCAACCCGCGCCGCUCAAGACGGAGCAGGCUGGUCGUCGCAUCGGCUCCGGGCGUAUUAUGGUGCGAGACGUGCCCGCCGGAAACUGGGAGGAGGCCGAAUACCGCGCCGAGCCCUACCGUCGGGGCAACGAGCGAUACGACCGCCGCUCUUUCGGCCGCGACUCCUACACCUCUGACAUAAAGAGGGAAAGGGAAGAUCGAUUUAACAACGAGAAAUUACGCGACAGCAGGGAGGAUAAUAAUCGUAGAGGUGGUCGCUUUUCUCAACGACGAUUUGAGAAAGAGGAUGAACCCGAAUGGUUUAGCGGCGGUCCGACGUCGCAGCUGGAGACGAUCGAGCUGCGCGGCUUCGACGAGCCGGUGAAGAAGAACGGCAAAGACGACAGGCAGAACGAGAAAUGGAAUAACAACAACGGCAGUCGCUCACCGCCGGAGCGGUGGCGCGCGGAGCCCGAACCCGCGCCCACCGACACGCACCUCAACGUCUCAGAUAACAAAGACAGCGGCAUGGAGAGCAAGGACGAGGAGGGGUCGCAGAACAACGAGCAGGCGGACUUCAACCUCGACGAGUUCCUCAAGCCCGACGCCUUCCCCGACGUGCUCACAAACGGCAGCAGCGAGGCGGAGGGCGGCAGUCGUUUCAGCCGCUGGUUCCGGCGCGACAGUCCGCCCGCGCCCGCCGGCCCGCCGACUGGUCCGCCCGCGCCCGCGCCCGCCUCCGACGCACGACACUACGAGCGUCUGCUGCAUGAUAUGCUCGACGAUCUAGACAGCUCGAACAUCGAGCCGCCGAUGCCGGAGCCGACGCCGAUGUAUCCGCCGCCGGGGCACCACGGUGGCCCGCCGCACCACCCGGGGCACCACCAGCCCCAGAUGCGAGGCACCGCCGCGCCCACCCUCCUCGACCUGCUGCGCCGCGCUAGAUCUGACACUGAUCAGCGGACAGAGAUGAACAACGGCGUGGGUAAGAUCCACAGUCUGGAGGAGCUGGAGGCUCGUCUCCGGCCGCAGCAGCCGCCGCCCGCGCCAGCGCCGACUGAACACGACCUCACGGCUUUCAAGCGGCUCUUGGCGCAGGUGUCAGGCGGGCACGUGGUAGCGGCCGAGCCACGCCCGCAGCAGCCGCCGCCCAUGAGUCUAUUGCAGAUGCUGAACAAGAGCAUGGAGCAGCAACAACAGCAGCAGCAGGCGAAGGCGCCGCCGCAGCAGCCGCACAUCCCGCAGGAGCUCCUAUACAAGCUCCUACAGGUGCAGCAGCGGCAGCAGCAAGGCCCGCCGCCGUCGGAGAUGCCGGGCCCCGGCGGCCCGCCGUCAGGCCCCGCCGGACCGACGCAAGCCGACCGCGAGCUGCUGCAGCGGCCUGAGGCGCAGGCUAUUAUACACGGUCUGAAAGCCGGUGAGAUCACUGUGCAGCACCUGAUGCAGCAGCUGGGCAACCCCGGGCUGCAGAACCGGCACCGCGAGCUGCUGCUGACCAUCGUGCGCCUGCACCACCACCACCAGCAGCAGCAGCAGUACCAGCGCCAGCAACAGAUGGGCGGGUCCCCGCUGCCGGGCGCGCCGCACCUCGUCGUGCCGCCGCACCACCAGCCGCUGCGACUGUCGCCGCUGCCGCAUCCAGGCGUGCCCGCGCGCAUCCCGUCGCCGCGCGAGCUGGCCGCGCACACGCAGUCGAUAAUGCAGGGCGCUCUCAUCAAGAAGAAACUGGAGGAGCAGCGCGAGAACUACCGCCGCCGCCACGAGCCGCAGCCGCACCACAAGCCCACGCCCAUCUCUUUCACGCCCACCUCGGUUCUACGAAAAAUGACUGCCGACAAGGAGUCAGACGCGCCGAGUCCCAAGCAGCAGCAGCAGUGGUCGCAGCCACCUAAGAUGCCGCAGGGCAGGCCUAUUGUGAAGGGUAACCAAAGUGGCAUCCUACAGAUGGGCUACCCGCAGUCGCAGGGCGACUACCAGCAACAUUAUCUCAAUCAACAACAACAGCAAAUGAGCGGGAACCGCGCAUUCGCAUUACCGCAGCAAAGACCACCAGUCAACAAUUCGUAUAACACCAUGGGUUCGAUGGGCAACAUGCGCGGCGUGGCGGGCAGCAGCGCGCUCCACCAGCUACUGGUACACUCGCACCAGAGGUCGCUUAACGAGAUGGCCGGCGGCGGCGGCGGUGACAACCAGCUGGCGCGGUGGUUCUCGCCGGAGCUGCUGGCGCAGGCGUCGGCUGGCAAGCUACCCUCCGUCUCGCACGUCCCCAAUGCGCUCUCGCUGGAGGACCUCGAGCGGCACCAUCACUCGCCCGCGCCGCCCGUGCGCAACUAAAUAUUGAACCGGCCGGCGCUGUUCCGAUGAGGGUUUCCAAACUUUGCCGUUAGGUGGCGACGCGACGUCCAGUGGAUUAAACGUGACAGUGAAGUUAACUUUUUUUUUGUUCCACCGAAUGACGCACCGGCAAAGAAAACCCUCGUAGAAGUGUGAAUUACUAAGUCAAAUUUUGUGACGGACUCGAGUGACAUUUUGGUGGUUUUGUAACGUACUUUUUUUUGCUCAAAUUCCAUCUACGAAACUUUUGUUAUUACACGUUUACUCGUUAUUAGCGGGCCGUCAAAAUGUAUGUCACGAUUUUUAAAAUUACUGGUUAUAACUGCAUAAAAUGCGUAACUCCCAGUUUGUAACGUUAACGAUCAAAUUGACGACGUAAAGUAUUUUUGUAUGUAUGUGGCACCGCGAGUCUCGACGGGUGCGACGUUGUGUGGACGUAACGAACUGCAGUUCGAACGCAGAAGGAACGAGCCUAGUGCCGCUUCGAUUAAAAGACUGAACUACUCAUAAAAUUGUUACCAUCCGCGUGGAAAGAGCAUCGCAAAGACAAAAUCCAAAAGUUGAACCCCGAUACGUAAAUAAAUGUGGAUUCAGCGACUAAAUAGAUUAGGACGAGACUUUGUCGAAGCCGCAGCGGCAUUGUUAACAUUUGUAUUUGUAAUUUUGAUUUCGAGAAAACAAAAUUAUUUAAAGAAACGUUAUUUACAAACUUCUCGCAUUGUACAUAAAAGGUUUUUAGUUAAAUAUAAAUUACGCAUGAAUUUUGAAUGUUCUUUUUUUACCAUUCGCAUGAUGUGUGGACGUUUUGAGGAUGAUUGAUCUGUGAAUGGAUUACUUGAGGUCUAAAAUACGCUUACUACCUAGAUGCGAAACUCUCAAAUUAAAAUAAAUAUGUAACAUUACCUUUAGAAGUUGUGACUUACAUGUGGCGUUCAUAAAAGCGUACUAAAUUAUUUGUUGUAUGUUGACGAUUUUAUCGGAUACGCCAUUAACGAACAUAAUAUGAACUAAGGAGUAAGCGUAUUCAGAAAUCAUGUGAGGUUUUUAUUUGGUUGUAUGGAAAGUAUUUGCUACGCAGGAAAAUGUGAGAAGUAUGUAUGGGGUUUUGAUGUAUUUCGUUUUAGAAACUUGUAAAAAUUGAUGGUCGUUGGUCAUCCCUUAGAUUGUUUACUUCAAAUUGUGUGUAAGUUUAAAACAUGACACCCCGCCCUGUACUGAUGCACAUAAAAGCGAUAAUGGUAAGAAUGUAAGUUCAUAAAUAUUGGUACGAAUAAAGUGAAAACUUCUACCUAUGAUGUUUUAGUCCAACAUUAAUACAGCAUCGAUUUGCUUUGGUGCAGCGUCCAUAUGAUAAAACUACAAAUUGGUAUUUUCCGAUUAUUUGUACAGACUGGAUCGAAUUAUAUUCAUGUUGGAUUAAAAUCAUCAGAAUUACAUCAUCCACAAUAUCUUUAAGCUCCUUCUAUGACAGCUGUAAACGCAUUGAGUAAAUGUGGUUUCAUAUGAUAUGAGUUAUGACUUUGAAUGGAACUAAAACAAAUCAUUUUAAACCGUGUAAAUAAAGGUGCGUAUGACCGCGACAAAACUUGUGUGUUUUAUGUGGUCUACAUAAAGAGGAAGAGAUGAGUCUACACAUAUUCAAUUGAAUGUAUAAAGACUUGACUUGCCUCCAUUCGUCUGUGUGUAAACCCGUAAUAGCAGCCAAACAAGUGUGCGCACGCGCAGCCACCUCGAUCGGGUAGUGCUGACUUGUAUUUGUCGAGCGCAGGCUAUCUCACCCACAUGCGCUCACAUCUCAUGCGCGAGUGAGACGUCCUGUGACCGUAACAUUCGAGGCGUGAGGGCCCCUAUACUCAAUAACGCCCUACGGACAAUAGAAAGAGUUUGCCGUCCAGUAAUAACAAGGCCCGGAGCCUACUAAAUUACAGGAUCUUAUUUUUCGAGCGGGCGCACUAGGUCCCUAGGAACGGACGAAAAUUUCAGUUCGGAUUUUGACCUGUUUUGUUGGCGCAUCGGCGCUUAUACAUGAAAUGUCUCCUGUAAGCUUUAAAUUAUUGAUUAAAGAAAAUUCGAAAGUU